AUGCAGUCGAUGAUUCUUUUCGCUGCCGCUCUUAUGGGCGCCGCCGUAAACGGCUUCGUUCUCCCACGUACUGAUGACCCUGAUUGCGAGACCAAGGCCACAGACUGCGGUUCGACCAGCAACAUCAAAUACACUGUCGUCAAGGGUGACACCCUCACCUCCAUUGCCAAGAAAUUCAAGUCCGGCAUUUGCAACAUCGUAUCCGUCAACAAACUCGCCAACCCCAACCUCAUCGAGCUCGGCGCAACCCUCAUCAUCCCAGAGAACUGUUCUAACCCCGACAACAAGUCCUGCGUGUCGACACCGGCCGAGCCCACCGAGACUUGCGUGCCAGGUCUUCCAGGCAGCUACACCAUCGUCAGCGGCGACACUCUCACCAACAUCUCCCAGGACUUCAACAUCACGCUCGACUCCCUCAUCGCUGCCAACACUCAGAUCGAGAACCCAGAUGCCAUCGAUGUUGGCCAGAUCAUCACCGUCCCAGUCUGCCCAUCGUCCCAGUGCGAGGCUGUCGGUACUUACAACAUUGUGGCCGGUGACCUUUUCGUCGAUUUGGCCGCUACCUACCACACCACUAUCGGUCAGAUUAAGGCUCUCAACAACAACGUUAACCCAUCUAAGCUCAAGGUUGGUCAGCAGAUCAUUCUGCCACAGGACUGCAAGAACGUCACUACUGCUGUGGCAUAA